AUGCGUCUGUCAGAUCCGCGGGUCCCGCGCAUGGGCCCAAAGGUAAAGUCAGGAGUGAGUGCGCAUGUGCAGGGCGGGUUAACUCUGCGGGAGGGGUUCCCAGCUCGAGAUCGCGGGGGUGGCCGAGCUCCAGGCUGGCUGCUUCGUGUGCUAGAGGUUCUUCCAAGUGUCCCCCUGAAACGGGAAACAUGGGGGGGGGAGGAAGGAUGGGGAAGAAGAAAGGGAGCGACAUUGGAAUUUCUUGGAGACCAGGGCACUCAGGCCAGGCUUGUACAGCUAGAGGAGGUACAGGCCCAGCUUUGGGGCCUGGAGCAAAGAAUCCUGCGCCAUGUGGCAGAGGAGCAGGACAAGUAUGCCAGCAAAGUUGCUGCUGACUUGAGGCUGACCCUUCUGAAGGAAGGAGAGACAACCAGGAUGAAAGAAGAGAAAGUGCAUGAGAUCAUGCAGCAGGCCCCGAAACUCUACAGGGAAGAUCAUAUUGGGCUGGUGGACCACACCCUGGAGUCCUCAGGGGUCAGCAUCCUCAGUAGCCGCAGCUCAAAGACCUGUGGCACCAGGAUGGCCAUUAUCAGUCUGUUUGGCAUCACCUUGUGGUACCGUUUCCAGACCCAAAGAGCCAUCCUCCAGCCAAAUGUCUGCCCUGGCAACUGCUGGGCGUCAGGGCCCCAGGGCUUUGUUGGCGUUCCCUUAUCUGCCUGCAUCCACCUCACUGCCAUCACUUUGGAGCAUGUGCCCAAAGCCCUGUCCCCACUCAGCAACAUCACCAGAGCCCCCAAGGACUUUGUCAUCUUGGGGCUCAAUGAAGAUUCCCAGGUGGAGGGAGUGGCCCUCGGGCAGUUCACCUAUGAUAAUGCUGGGGAGGCCAUUCAGACCUUCCACUUUCAGUUGAAAGAAAAAGUCUUGUCCUUAAGUAAUGAAGUAGCAGAGGCUCAUGGGGAGCUGGAACAGCUUCAGGAAUGGCAUGAACGAGAGCAUGAGGAAGGGAUGAACCUACUAUCCCUGCUGAGAUCCGACAUGGGCCAUACCCAGCAUGAAAGGCAGGAUUUCUGUGCUGUGUAAUGGAGGAGGUAAUCAGACACUUUUCCCUGUCAGUGUUUGGGCCAUUUGCUGCAAAGGGCCAAAGUGCUCACAUGGAGAUAAUGAGAGCUCAGGCUUUCUAGCUGUUAUUAUACUCCAGUCUUUAGUUUGGGCUCUAAAUGAAAUGUGGCUCGUGUAUUACAUGAAGCAAAGAAUCAAAAAGUAUUUUUAGACCUUGUUUUCAAGAAGUUUAUUUUCUAAGUGGGGCAUUGUUAUUUGCUUAUUGUCUCUCCUGUAAGAUCUUAAGUUCCUUGAAGGCAGGGUCUUUUGUCUCUUUGUA